AUGUCUGUCUCUACGCGUUUCGCGCCCAGUGUGGCCAGCUCGGCGACUUCGUAUGACUGGGAAAUGCGCUCGGGCUCACCAGCACCCUCCGCGUACUCCAUGACAAGUUCCUUACGCGUUGCAUCGUACCGACACGAAUAUGGCCGGGGUCUGAACAACUACUCAGAAGUCUACCGGUUGCCUGCAGAUGACGAGGAGUUUGAACGUCUUGACAUGCAACACAUAAUGUUUAUGGAGGUCAUGGGCAAGUAUGCGCCACCCCUGCAACACAUAUUGGCCGAUGACAUACCCGGUGAAACCAAAACAUGCGUGGACCUCGGCUGUGGGAGCGGAAGUUGGAUACUCGAUGUGGCGCGCGACUUUCCACAAUGCUCGGCCGUCGCAGUGGAUCUCGUUCCCAUGCAAUCUCCGAACAUGCCACAAAACUUGAGGAGCGAAGUUGACGAUAUCAACCUCGGCCUACAACACUUUUAUGGCGAUUUUAAUGUUGUACAUGCACGACUUAUCUCGUCUGGGAUCCGGGACUACCAAGGCCUGGUCGAUCAAAUGUCCCAGACACUUCGCCCUGGCGGCCUGCUCGACCUCACCGAGUUCGAUUUCCGGAUAUAUACCACCGACAGAAAGCCGAUAUUGACAGACAAUGCGGACUCGUAUCUCGCGCGGUGGAUGAAUCUCUGCCACAUCGCCGUGCAGCGAAGUGGCGGCGAGCCUGAUGCUGCGAAUUACCUCCACCGAUGGGUGUCGGACAAUCCCGCAUAUGAGGAAGUAGUUUACCGCGAGUUCUGGCUCCCGACAUCUCCAUGGAGAAGGGGAAACGACUCGGAAACGCGUCGGUUCAAUCGGAUAGCAAACGUGUUCAGGGAUGAUGUCCUGUCAUUCCUAAAGUCCGGCCGUCCGCUGCUUCUAAGCAACGGGUUACCAGAGGACCUCGUGAAUGAGUACGAGGAGAAGGCGCGCAAUGAGUUGAUGGACGCUCGGAUUCCGACGUACGUGCGAGUCGAAAACGUUUACGCGCUCAAGAAGCAUCUCCGUUGAGGACUGUAUUGGACAUUAUGACCCGAUUGGAUGCAUAGUACACUAUUAUAUAGUCGAACAAUAGUCAUACACAUUACUGUAUCAUUAUGCCCUCCACGUCUGCCUCGAUAGUACCAGCAUCCUGUAUACUCAUCCCGUGAUAAUCCAGCUUAUAUUUUCAACCG